AUGCCAAAGGUUAAGACUAACCGAGUCAAGUACCCAGAAGGAUGGGAGUUGAUCGAGCCUACUCUUCGGGAGCUAGAUGCUAAGAUGAGAGAAGCUGAGAUGGAUACACAUGAUGGCAAGAGAAAGUGUGAAACUUUGUGGCCAAUCUUCAAAGUCGCUCAUCAGAGGAGUCGAUAUGUAUAUGACCUUUACUACCGAAGGGAUGAAAUAUCUAAAGAGCUCUAUGAGUUCUGCUUGGAUCAGGGAUAUGCAGAUCGUAGCCUCAUUGCGAAAUGGAAGAAGUCGGGAUACGAGCGUUUAUGCUGCUUGCGCUGCAUACAGCCAAGAGACCACAACUAUGGAACAACAUGUGUAUGCCGUGUUCCCAAACACUUGCGCGAAGAGAAAGUGGUUGAAUGCGUUCACUGCGGUUGUCAAGGAUGCGCGAGUGGGGAUUAA